AUGUAUUUUAUUUUAACGAAUUCAAAUAUACUAAACACAUCUCCUCAUAUAAGAUUGUAUAAUCUAUAUACUAUAUAAAUAAAGUCAAUUAUUGAAAUAAAAAAAUAUUCAUAUAGUAUAGAUACAAAGUUUUCUGUCAGAAAUUUGUUUUCUUAUAAUAGUAUCAAAGAGAAUAGACUAAAUUCAGAUAUCCAAAGAGUUAGAUUUUGUUAGAAUAAAUGUUACAAACUUGAUAUUUAAAUUUAUGGAAGAUAAUUAAAAAGCAAAUUAGAUUGA